UAUAUACCAGCACGUCAGGAGCUCAUGGCCGGGAACACGGUCACACGCACAAACACAGCGUUGCGGUCUCUGAGUAAGAACUGAAGCAACAAAGGUGAAGCGAGCUUGCUAGGGAGGAAGCCAUGGAGAUCGGGUUGCUGGCACCGGGUGAGAGGCCGCACGCCGUGAUGAUCCCCUACCCGGCGCAGGGCCACGUCACGCCGAUGCUGAAGCUGGGCAAGCUGCUCCACGCCAGGGGCUUCCACGUCACCUUCGUCAACAACGAGUUCAACCACCGCCGCCUGCUGCGCUCCCAGUCCGCCGACACGCUACGUGGCCUGCCCGCGUUCCGGUUCGCCGCUAUCGCCGAUGGCCUUCCGCCGUCCGACCGCGAGGCCACGCAGGACAUCCCUGCGCUGUGCUACUCUACCAUGACCACCUGCCUCCCCAGGUUCAAGGAGCUCAUCGUCAAGCUCAACGAGGAGGCCGGGGCCUCCGGUGGCGCGCUGCCGCCUGUAACCUGCGUGGUGGCGGAUAGCGUCAUGAGUUUUGGCCUUCGAGCGGCGCGGGAGCUCGGCCUCCGCUGCGCCACGCUCUGGACCGCCAGCGCGUGUGGUUUCAUGGGCUACAACCACUACAAGGAUCUACUCGACCGUGGGCUCUUCCCUCUCAAAGAGGCGCAGUUGAGCAAUGGAUACUUGGACACGACCAUCGACUGGAUACCGGCGAUGCCCAAGGACAUGCGGCUACGUGACCUCCCGACCUUCUUGCGUGCCACGGACCCCGAUGAUAUCAUGUUCAACUUCUUCGUCCAUGAGACGGCGGCCAUGUCACAGGCCUCGGCGGUGGUCAUCAACACAUGGGACGAGCUCGACUCACCCCUGCUCGACGCCAUGUCCAAACUCCUGCCGCCUAUCUACACAGUGGGGCCGCUCCAUCUCACGGUCCGCAACAACGUACCGGAGGAGAGCCCCCUCGCCGGCAUUGGGUCCAACCUGUGGAAGGAGCAGGACGCGCCCCUUCGGUGGCUCGACGGCCGGCCGCCGCGCUCCGUGGUCUACGUCAAUUUCGGGAGCAUCACGGUGAUGUCCAAGGAGCAUUUGUUGGAGUUCGCGUGGGGGCUGGCCAACACAGGCUACACCUUCCUGUGGAACGUGCGGCCUGACCUCGUCAAGGGUGACGACGAGGCCGCACUUCCGCCGGAGUUCUCUGCGGCGAUCGAGGGGCGGAGCAUGCUCUCGACGUGGUGCCCACAGGAGAAGGUGCUAGAGCAUGAGGCCGUAGGGGUGUUUCUCACACACUCCGGUUGGAACUCAUCGCUCGAGGGCAUCUGCGGCGGCGUUCCGAUGGUGUGCUGGCCCUUCUUCGCGGAGCAGCAGACCAACUGUCGCUAUAAGUGCACGGAGUGGGGCAUCGGGAUGGAGAUUGGGGAUGAUGUGAGAAGGACCGAGGUGGAAGCCAUGAUACGGGAGGUCAUGGAGGGGGAGAAGGGCCGAGAGAUGCGACAACGCGUGAUUGAGCUCCAGAAGAGUGCAGUGGCCUCCGCACGGCCUGGCGGAAGGUCCAUGCGCAAUGUUGAUAGGCUCAUCCACGAGGUGCUGCUGGCUUGAAAUAAGCAAAUUAAAGUAGUAAAUAAAUGUUUUGGAGAGCCUGAAGCACGAGCGACUCAUGUUGUUCACCCGCUCACAACAAAAUAAUCAAUCCCAAGCCAAUGAGCAUGGUCAUCACACUCUAGCACAGGGCUUUCAUGGGCCCCUCCCUACAUCAUCUUGUAAUUCUGUGGACUUGUAAUGAUGAUGAGCACCUCCGUCUCAUCUAGCAUAUAAUACCCAUGUGUUGUUGCUACA